CUAACAGAACAUUCCUUUCGUGUUCUUUCAGAUUCCAAGGAUGACAAGGUUGUAAAUACUCGUGUUUGACAAGUGCACAUUUCUCCUGCAAGAAGACUCUGAAGAUAUUUACACCUGUAACAAGUUAUUGUUCACACGUAUGCGCAAAUGUACCGAUGAGAAGCAGGCAUCAGUUGUAAGGACAAACGAUUAGAACGGAAGCAAAGAGGAAUGCUUGAAUGUUAUAACAGGGACAUCGCGUCAUUUACUGCAUCCUGCUUUUGCUUACACAUUUUGAAUGUUUAAAUAAUAUAAGCGUUUGGUACCGUCCGUCUGUGCUUUGGAAUUCUGUACUAGUAAAUCUAUCUAGUUAGCGUCCUUUGAAAUUGGAUACAAUGGAGGGGAUAAAACGAAACCAACGGCGUAGAACUAAUGAUGUUUGAGAUCUUAAUAUAUGAUACUGGUUGGAUUGUCAUUCCAUUAAAAUUGGCGAAAGUUCGAUUAAAAGUUCUAACACGAAUAAAAAAAAUAGUAAAAAUGCAUAUCAAUAUUUUAAGAAAGGACUAAUAUAAAACAUGUGAUGGAUUAAUUCAUGGUAUUAAACUAUUCAUAUUCUUAGACAUGUGAAAUAGUUCAUUAAAGAUUGAAACAUCGGAUAUAGAAAAAAAAAGAAAUCCAAGAGUGAUAAAAUUAAUGGCAAGACAGAAAAGGACCACCGCGCGCAGGGCUAGAUUAUGCGCAUGCGCGAACUUGUCAUAUGAAUAUUACUUUAUUUAGAAUGAAGAAACAAAACGUUCGAACAUUAUCUCUAAUCGUUUGUACUUUCACCUACUUGCUAGUUGGAGCUGCAGUUUUUGAUGCUUUAGAAUCCGAAUUCGAAAAGGAACACAAGCGAAAGUUACAGCACCAGGAAUAUGUGAUUAGGACACAAUAUAAUAUCUCAGACGCUGACUUCAAACUUUUAAGGAAGAAUAUCAUAUGGUCAGUACCAUACAAGGCCGGAGUACAGUGGAAAUUCGCUGGAGCCUUUUACUUUGCAUUGACUGUAAUUACUACUAUUGGAUACGGACAUAGUACUCCUCAAACCAACGGAGGAAAAAUUUUCUGUAUGGCAUACGCUUUGAUUGGUAUUCCAUUGUGCAUCGUCAUGUUUCAAAGCGUUGGAGAACGUCUCAAUACCUUUGUAACGUUUCUAAUGAAACAAGGAAAGAAGUGUUUGAGAAUGAAGAAAACAGAAGUUAGCCAAACAAAUUUAAUCUUAGUGACUAUGAACCUAAGUGGUAUUGUAUUGACGGCAGGUGCUGCAGCAUUCGUCCAUUUUGAAGGUUGGAGCUACAUAGAUUCACUGUACUACUGUUUUAUCACGCUCACAACAAUCGGGUUCGGUGACCUUGUAGCAUUACAGAAACACAAUGCUCUAGAGCUCAAACCCCAUUAUGUAGCUUUUAGUUUGAUAUUUAUUCUUUUUGGCCUAACAGUGAUAUCUGCUGCGAUGAACCUGCUUGUUUUACGGUUUCUAACGAUGAAUACCGAAGACGAACGAAGAGAUGAACUAGAAGCUGCUGCGGCAGCACAGACAGCUGUUAGACUUGACGGUGACGUCAUUACCGGAAAUGGCACCGUUGUAUCUCAGGCUCAAGAAAAUCCUGAAUAUAACGAUCACAUUUCAGUGUGUUCCUGUUCAUGUUACAAUAUUCGCUCAAAAGACAAACAUAGAUAUAAAAUAACACGAUCACCAACGAGAAUUAGUCAUCUUCUUCCAAUGAACAGCAUAUCGCACCAAAAAGAGGAUAUUUAUUCAUUUAUAGAUGAAAACAGUUCUUCUAAUUAUCACUUUUUGAAUAAAAAAAGGGCCUCGGUAUGACACUGCCUAAUAUUUUGUGUAUAUCAACACGCCAUAAUUGACAAAAUAUCAGGGGGAAUGGUUUUUUACAAUGCUAGAUUAUUGUUUUUACCUGGAAAUACGUAGUAUUUAUAAAACCGCUCAAAUUUCAUUUUUCAAUAAUAGUGUUUAUUUUGUAUUAUAUGUAGAUCGGUUGAAUGAGUGAAACAUAGUUUGAGGUAUCCAAAUGUAGGAAUAACGAUGUGGUAAAGUCUGAUAUUGAAGACCUACCCUCAGCCAUGUAGGUAUUGAUAAAUGAAUGCAAUAUAGAGAUUGUAAAACACAAAUCAUCAAGUAGUUUCUACUGCUGACGAUAACACGUGUAUAUUUCUUUUAAAGAUUUCGAAGUGCAAGGAAAAUCAAAAUGUUUAUUUUUGAUAUUGUUACGAAGCAAAACGUAGUGUGUAUCAUCAUUAAAUGAAAAGAUAAAGGAAUAUUACAUAAUUUUGAAUACGUACACUCAACUGCUGCAGACGUGAACUGUGAUAAAUCGAUGCUACAACAAAAACCAUACAUAACCACUUUACUUGAUUUCUAUGAAAUUUCGUUAUUAAGAUGUUAUUAAAAGAAGUAGUGUUUUACUUCGCCAAAAGAUCUUACUAUUCCUGCAUGGUGAAUUGACUUGAUUAGAGGAUUAAAACAGUGGUAAUGGUGGAAGGAAUUCGUCGUUGGUUUAAACAAUAUGUAUUAUAAAUAUCAUCCAACCUCGUGGGUUAUUAAUCACUUGUUUGCAUUGUUUGUGAGUAUUUGUAUUAGAUGUUCAAAUUAUUGGAGGUUAUAAUAAUGUAAAGUCAGAUAUUUUUGCCAUAAUUUCGCAAAACUCAACAUUUGCGAACUUUUACUUUUAUAUCGGUUUAUGUAAACACUGAGAUACAUGACGAUUCUUUUUUUUCUAUUGAUUUUUUUAAAUCGUCGGAUCAAAAAAAUAUGCGAAAUUUAUUGCCUGGUGAAAAUUUCUGAUUUUACAUUUAUCGGGGUUUUUGUGUGAUAAUUUUGUCCAAUCCAUUCCGUUCCAAGAUUCCAGGCAUUUAUUGAUAGUACGCAUGCGUGAAGAUGCGUGUUUUCAUUGAAUUCAUUGUUAUCAUUAUAACGAAAUUAUUAUAGACCAAACACAAUUAUUUGACAAUAUAAGUUUGCCGUGUAUGUUUUAUUUUUGAGAUUUUGGUAUCUUUCUGCAUUUUUAUACGUUUUCAAUAACCCGGUUAAUACCGUGUGUUAGUGCUUUGGGCUCACGCGUACAGAUGUCAAUGAUAAAAUGAUUAGUAGUACACGCCUCCACCUUCUAGUUAUACGAUCAUAGAUACCGGACGUCCCGGAUUACAAAUGGCGUUAUUUUCCCUUUCCGUCAAAUGAUAAUUCAAAUAACCCUGGUGAAAAGAUUACUAAGUAUAUCGACAGAAAAAACAUAUAUGCCGACUGUUUCCGAAACAAAAAUGUCAGAAAGUGCACUUUAAAGGCUUUCAAUUAUUGUAUGUGUACAACGGGAGAUUUUCUGUUAUGUUCAUCCGGAGGCGUGAUGCUUUAAGCCUGAAUGUUUGAAGAUAAGAGGUUUGCCGCUUUCAGUGGGAAUUAUUGUUAUAUGUUUGUAUUAUUAUAUCACAUGUUAACCAAAAGAAAUCAGUAUCCCCAGGAAAUCGAAAUCUUGAUAAACAAAAUCUAUAGAGCAGACGGCCGAUUUGAAAAAUAGCAAUUUGCUUAGUUGCUGCGUAUACAGCAAACGAUGGAAAUUAUUUAUGCGUGAACUGACGACUUCAGCCAUUUCUAUCACUAAAAUUAUACGCCUGUUUGUAUGGCUACUACCAAGAAUACGACUGUAAAGACUUAUUUUUAUGAUAAUAACAUUGACGACUUCCAAAACUACACCUUUUACAACAACGAGUACGCAAAGAUGACAACUUUCACCUAAAAAUCUACGCCGGCAACUACGGCCACGACUUCGACUACGUUUAAGUCUACGACGACAGAACCUCGACCAUGAAAACAAUCUUAAUGACUACCCCGACAUCUAAGGCCUCGGCAACGGCCAUGACUACAAAAGAUUUAUUUGUUAAACCAACGAAUACAGUUCCCGUUUCAACUGUAUACAUUGUUAGCUGUAUACGGUUAAACAAUGCUAUUCGCUUGUAUCAUUAUUUUGUGUAUAUCAGUUGAAGUAACUAAAAACAAUGAGUUUUUUAAUAUACAUUUUGCUAUCAUUGUCAUGUACUUUUAUACUUUCUUGCCAAGUUAACAAUUGCUGAACGUGUUUUUUUAUUUGUUGUUUGUUUUAUUAAUAGGGCUAACAAAAAAUAAAUAAAA